AUGGGGACUGCGAGUGGCAUCAUCUGACAUGUACUCGUAAACAAAGAUCAGCUGUUAAGAACCUCACGCCCCUCGAUCCACACCAACAAUUGCUACAACCCGAUACAUGUAGCCCUAGGGAGUAAAGCUUAACUAGGCCAAUUACACCGUUAGAUCACAGUACACAGACCGAUAAUCAUGACAAUCUACAACCUGUACAUAUUUGACCGUGACGGCCAGAUGCUCUACUACGGGGAGUGGACACGCAAGAAGCAGUCUGGCAUGUCUCGGGAGGAGGAAGCAAAACUGAUGUAUGGGAUGAUAUUCUCCAUUAAAUCAUUUGUUGCAAAGAUGUCUCCAGUGGACUUACGAGAAGGUUACCUCACCUACUGCACCAACAAGUAUCGUCUCCACCUCUUUGAGACACCUUCACGGGUCAAGUUUGUCCUGAACACUGAUGUGGGAGCACAGGGCAUCAAGGAACUCUUGCACCAGAUCUUCACACAGGUGUAUGUGGAGUAUGUGUCAUUCAACCCCAUGUGUCCACUCUACAAGCCCAUUGAGAGUGAGCUGUUCAUUGCCAAGCUGGAUGAGGUGGUGCGGCAGAGUCCAGCGUAUGCAUCCCGGCCAGCCUGAGGUGCCCUGACAGUACCUCAGCAGUGCCCAGGGUGUGUGGGUGUGGAUGUGGGGGUUCGAUUGCUUGAGGCUGGUGCGUGACGUGUCUUGUGUUAGGUGUGCUGGAGUUUUUGGUAUGACAGUGAAGAGUGCUUGAUGUUUUGGGUUUUGGUGUGAUUGAGAAAUGCAUUCUUGGGUUUAUUGUUGUCCUGUCUCUUACAUUUGACAGGCUGUAAUGUAAGUUGUUGGGGUUAUCAGGAAUGUUUUUGUGAUUCUAGUGAUGGCCCUACAAAGCAAUUUUUACAUUUCAACUAUUUAAAAAGGUAAAUAUGGUAAUGCCAUUUGUACAUGAUAAUUGAGAAAAAGUGUUUUUGUUUUAGUCUGUGCCCCAGCCAAAAUGUUGUUAACAGAUAUACAUAAAAAAAAAAAAAAGAGUUUUCAUAAGUUGUGUCCUAAAUAAGCCACAAAUGGGAACAGUGACCAUAUUGCCAAGUGAAAGUGGCCAAGGGUGUCAUGAUGUAAUGGAGGUGGUGUUGACAAAAAAAACCCAAACACUAUGACACAGACACUGAAGAUGAAUGAAAGUUAUACAGGUAAAUAUAUAUAAGUGUAUAUCAGAAA